UGUAAUUCCACUCCGGACCUGCAGGUGGCAGUAGUACUGCUGCUGAUUCACAACAACCACCGAACAAGCUGAAAAUCCUCACGUGCAGCACAGUGUCAACAUGGGUAAAAGAAGGCACAAUAAGCAGCUUUUCACGAAUUUAUCCAAAAAACAGAAGAAACACUUGAAGGAAUUUGGAGAGGAGCAUCCAUUCCAUGAUGUAGUCAGUGAAGGACCUGAAAGAACUGCAGUAGUGGAACUGUCAGCAAGCCCAGAACACUCUUACGUUGAGCCUGAUGAGCUGGAGGAGGAGGAACCAGAGCAGAAAACAGCCUAUCAGAAACUUCUUUCAACUCUCAGCAAACCCAACAGUAACGACCAGAGUGAAGAGGAAAGCACUGAUGAUGAAGAGGAAGAAGAGGAGCUUCUUGGUGAAGGGGACAGUGAUGGAGUUGGUGAUGACAGUGAGGAUGAAGAUGAAGGGGGAGAGGAAGAACCCGAGGAUGCAGAUGAGGCUCUGACUGAAGCAGUAGAAGGGGAGGAGAUGGCAGAGAAAGAGGCAGGAGUUGAAGAGUUCGUAGACAAGGAGCAAGACUCCCAGUUCUGUUUGGAGACCAACUUCAUGGACGAAGGAGGUCAAGAGGACGCUGAAAGCACUGCAGAGCAUGAAGACAGCAAAGACAUGUUUGUACAGCAUUUGGGCACAGAACUUAGUGAAGAGGAUGUGCAGAAGAUAACAUCUGGCAGCAAAGCCAAGGCUCAGAUCACGUGGCCAAAAUUGGGCACAUUACUCUGUACCAAUCCUCUGGAGAAGUUUGGAUCCAUUGGCCCACAGAAAGACACAAACCUCCCAGUUUUCCACAAACUUUUGGAGACCCACUGGAAGGAUCUGAACCAGACCUCUGACCCUAAGGGGGUGGCUGAAGAGAUCAGCCCACUGCAGCUAGAGCUUCUAGCUCUUAUGGGCUCCUACAAGGACCUCUACUACCCGGAGACCUGUCCUCUGAACAAGGGCCCACAGGUUCUCAGUGCAUACUGCCUUCACGUGCUCAACCAUGUACUGAAGGCCAACUCCUGGGUCCUGGCUCACAACGCACAGCUAAGAGAGCAGAAAACUCAGAUUAAAGCUGGAGCUGAGCCGCAGGACGAACCCAGAGACCAAGGACUGACCCGGCCCAAGGUCCUGAUUCUCGUUCCGUUCCGAGGUGGAGCUCUGCGAGUCGUCCAGACGUUCAUCAGCCUGCUGGAGGCCACAGGCAAGAAGAUAGUGGUCAGCAACAAGAAAAGGUUCAAGGAAGAGUUUGGAGAGGAGGCAGAUGACAAGCCGCCCAAUCUGCAGAGACCAGACGAUUACAGCGCCAUCUUCUCGGGCAACGUGGAUGAUCACUUCAGGAUAGGCAUCUCCAUCGUGAGGAGCAGCAUGCGUCUGUACUCCCCCUUUUAUUCAUCAGACAUCAUCAUUGCGUCUCCGCUGGGCCUCCGUACGGUGCUGGGAGCAGAAGGAGAAAGUAAGAGAGACUUUGACUUCCUCUCCUCCAUCGAGCUGCUGGUGGUGGAUCAGGCAGAUGUCUUUCUCAUGCAGAACUGGGAACAUGUCUUGCAUGUGAUGAAGCAUGUCAACCUGCAGCCGCUGGACUCCCAUGGAGUGGACUUCUCCAGAGUGAGGAUGUGGAACCUGAACAACUGGGCCAGACACUACCGGCAGACGCUGGUGUUCAGCUCCAUCCAGGACCCACAGAUCAACAACAUCCUCACCAAGCACUGUGCCAACUACCGUGGACAGGUUGCCACUAAGAACAUGCCAAAAACAGGUUCCAUCUGCCAGGUGCUGGUUCAGCUGCCUCAUGUGUUUCAGAUGUUCUCCUCUGGCAGCUUCAUGGACCAUGAUGCUCGGUUUCAGUUCUUUGUAGAUAAAGUGUUGCCUCAAUACAGGGACUCAGUUAUGUCCCACACACUGAUCUACAUCCCGUCUUACUUCGACUACAUCCGGUUGCGCAACUACAUGAAGAAAGAGGAGAUAAACUUUGCCAGCAUCUGCGAGUAUUCCAGCAAGUCAGAGGUGUCCCGAGCCAGGCACUUCUUCCACAAAGGAGAUAAACAGUUCCUGCUCUUCACUGAACGCUUCCACUUCUACAAGAGGUACACCAUCAAAGGGAUCCAGAACCUGCUAUUUUAUGGAUUGCCCUCCUUCCCCCACUUCUACAGCGAGGUGUGUAACAUGCUGGCAGCAGGGGGUCAGGGGGAGGAGGCCAGCUGGACCUGCACCGCCCUCUACUCCCGCUACGAUGCCCACAAGUUAGCUGCCAUCACCGGAGCCCAGCGAGCCGGACAGAUGCUGCACUCCAACAAGACUGUUCACCUCUUUAUUACAGGAGGGGAAGAUAAAGCCUCCUGAUGGAGCUGGACAGAUAAGAGGGACCCCUGCAUGAAACCAUGGUAGAUAUCUACUGCACAUUAUUACAGUAGAAUGACCCUGGAUUAAGGGUAACAAGAAAGCUGUUGAAUGCAGGUCUGUGAUAGUGGUUUGCCAGGUGACACGUCACAUCGCAGAGUACCUGGUUUGACAUCAGAAAAGUGUGCCACUUGAAAAUGCUGAUAGGAAUGCUUUCCGUUGUAUUUGGACAGCGGACACUGACUCUUACAUGCACCAGGAACAAAACAUGUUUUUUGGCUUUGUUUGAUGUGUUGUAGGUAGAAGCCGUCCAGAAACAUCAAGCCACAAAGUGAAGAGAUCAUAAAACAUUGUUUGUAGGUGAUCACUGAUCACUAAGAUGUUGUAAAAACUUCACUCACUGGUUGGAUGUGUGUUUCCAGAUUCAACAUAAAUAUUUCAUUAUUUUGAUUAUCUUCCCUAUUAUUUGAAGAGUUCAUUUUUGUACUGUACAUACUUGCCCUGAAAGUGCUAAAAUAUUUUAUGGUUGUUAGUAUGGUACUAUAUCAAAAUGAAUGAAGGGUGUGUUGCCUUUGUAUUUUAGGAAUUUUAAAGAAGUACUUCUAGUACUUCUAAUGCUAAUGCUCUGCCAAACAGUCUCACAAAAGUGUUCUGCAAAAUGUUUUAAUUAAAAAUACGAAAUACAAAUGA